AUGCACGACCAGUUCAGGUCUCCCAGGAAAGACGCGGGGGAGCUGCACAAGGCGGCGGCGGAAGGAGACCUCGAGAGGAUCAGGGAGCUCCUGCCACGCAGCGACAUCAACAUGCGCAACGGCUGUAACAGGACGCCAUUGCAUAUCGCCGCAGCCGAGGGACACGUGGACGUCGUGCGUCUCCUCGCGGAGCACAAGGCGGAUCUCGACCUGUGGGACGAUCACGGAGAGACACCUCUGCUGACGGCCAUCGCCCGUCAGAAGCGGGAGUGCGUCUUUGUGCUGCUGGACCUCGGGGCCGACCCUGGCAUCGUCAAUCACCACGGCGACAGUGUCAUGCACCACGCAGCCAUGAUGGCCGACAUUCCUCUGGUGGAGCGCCUCAUAGAGUACUACAAAGUGAUCAACAACAUCAGCUUCCAGAACAAGGACCACUUCACCCCACUGCACCUGGCGGUCGCACGCAAUCACGACGAGACGGCCGAGUUCUUGCUGGAGAUGGGAGCCAACGAAAACGCCCAGUCUCUGUGCAAACGGACUCCCAUGAUGCUGGCGGCCACCUACGGCUACCCGAAGAUGGUGCGGCUGCUCCUGCAGUACAAUGUCGACUUGUCACUCAAGGAUUCUGAGGGUCACACUGCCACCGAAUUGGCUACACUGCAUGGAAAUUAUGACUGUGCCUAUCUACUCACCCAGUGUGCGUCCUUGAGCGCUGGCAAGUGCCGCUGUUACCGCUGCUUGGACAAAAACAUCCCCAUUGAGCACAUCAGGAGACGGGCGCUGCUGAGGAAAAAACAACGGCUAAGGAAGGAUGAGAAGGAGAAGCAGGAGGACCUCCAUGUUGGGGUGUUGGACAUGAUCCGUGAGGACUACAAGGAUGAGGUGGAGCUGCUGGACCGCCUGAAGAUGGAGCAGGAACGGGCCGUGCAGCACGUCCGCUCAGGAAAGCCCAAGAACAAACAACUGAAGGAAGACAUCGAGCAGCUGACGGAGCAGAUCCGAGAGCUUCAGAAAGUGGAGAACCGGAGGACGGAGCUGACGCAGCUGCACGGCGAGCAGGAUGACAUGGAGAUGUUGGCACAGAGCGUGAACCUCCGGUGCUUUGAUGAAGCUGAUGGCUCAUCGGCGAAGUCGACUUCGGACAAGACGGCGUCUAAGGGCGGCCUCAAGACGACAGUCCACCCAGGGGAGGAGAGCAUCACCAUGCUGUUACAGGACGAGAUCGAAAGUCUGCAGGCGAAGAAGCAGCUGAUCAGGAUGGCAUCAGAGGGAAACGCGAAGGCGGCUGACCUGCUGUCCGAUGGCUGUGCCCAGCAUUAG